AUGCAGAGGCAGGUGGCCGAAGCCGCGGUGUCUGCCCUGGUACAGACCAACUUCCUGGUCUCGGCACUGGGUGGCAUGGCGCAGAUCGAGGCGCUGGAGCUGUCCGACGACCAGCUCGACAGCAUGAAGAUUUCGGUCCUCGUCUCUUGCUUCAGUCUGGGCCUGGGCUUCGCCAGCCGAGACAAGGCCGACUCGGCGGUGCUGGAGCUGCCAGGGAAAGUCGGCUGGGGGCCGACCAUGGGCGGCCUCGUCCUGGCGAGGUCACUGGAAGUCUUCAGCCGCAUUCUGGCACUCAACGUGCUGCAAGCUUCGCUGCGCGGCUUUCCGCUGCUGCGAUUCGCCGGCUUGGGAGCUGUUGCACUCGCUUUCCUCGCGGCUUGCCUGGCCUUCCCGGACGCCUCCUGGGCCGACGCUGCGGCCGCGGUGAUCGCCCACCCCGGACAGCUUCUGGAGCCGAAUUCCCUACUGAAGUGGCGGUAUUCAUGCAUGAUCCACGUCGUGCUGGUGGCUGCUGCCGGAGGAGGGCAGUUGCUGCUGCGGACGAGCACGGUCCUGCCGGACAUGCUGCUGAUUGCGUGGCUCGUGCCGGGCUUGACUUGUCCAAGUCAAAGUCGGGUCGUGAGCUUCGUCAGCUGGGCAGCGCUUGGCCUCCUCAGCUGGCUCGGCCACCACGUGGAGCAGCCGCGCUUUGCGGCUUUGGCGUCAGGCGACGAGCCGGUCGUAGCCUACUCGAGCCUGCGGGCUGGCUUCCCCAGCCCCGACGGCCAGGUGCCCAAGGCGGUCCUGGCAGCAAUGCAGGGCAAGGUCGCCGUCGACCUGACGACAGACGCCGCGGCCCGCGGCUUGACGCAGCAGGGCCUCGAGAGGAUCCUCGAGUCCACCGGCGACGUUCGCUUCGAUGGCGGAUUGAUUGAGAGGCUGGCCAUCCCCCAAGAGGCGGUGGUGGAGGGUGUGGCGACGUUGCAUCCUGCCACUCUGCACCUCCCUGACUUCGUGGACGUCCCGGCGGACUCCUGGGAGCGCUUGGGCGCGAGCCUGGACAGCGAGCGCCUGCGGAAGGCGAACCUCGAUACGUGCUUCCGCGAUUCUGGCGAGGGCUCCAAGCCGCUGCUGGCCGCGCUGGCGCGGUGCCGGAAGCUGAAGGCCUGGGCGGAGCUCGGAGCCGCGGAGUGGCCGGAACUCCGGAAGGCGAGGUUCAAGUGGUGUUUCUGCUUACGUGGCGAGGGCUCGGAGGAGCUGCUGGCAGCUUUGGGCCGCUCCCGGCAGCUGGAGGAGGUGGACUUCAGUCGUUGCGAUGCGAUCCCCGACGCGGCCUGGGAGCUGCUGGGCGACGGGGCGUGGCCUCGCCUCCGCGUUGCCAAAGGCGUCAGGGAGGAGCACCUGCAGCGCCUGCGCGAAGCUUCUCUGGACCUCGAAGCGGGUGCAGGCGAGGUGGCAAGCUCCAUGGAGCUGCAGGAGCCCGGUGCCAGGCAGCUGCCGAUGUACCCGGCUUUCGUCACCUCUGUGGUGAUGCUGGCAGCACCAGCGGCAGUUCAGGGGGACCUCGGCCUGCUGCCCGCUCUGGCCCGCUCCGAUGUCGAGGAGCUCAACUUAGAUCUCUGCCGGGACGUCCCUGCCGCCGUGUGGCAGCAGCUCGGCCAGGCUCAGGGUGAGGCGUUCCAGAAGCUCAGGAAGGCGAGCUUCAAAGCGUGCUUCGACGAACGUUCCAAGGGCGUCGAGGGCGCCGCCGCGCUGCUGUUGGCCUUGAGCCGCUGCCAGCUGCUGCAGGAGCUGGGCAUGGCGGAGUGCGACAAAGUCCCGGCCGCGGCCUGGCAGCUCCUGGCGACGGCCCGCUUCUGGGAGCAGCUCCGGAAGGCGGAUUUCUCUUGGUGCUUCUUCCAUGGUUCCACGGGGGCCGAGGGCGCCGCCGGGCUGCUCUCGGCCUUGGCACGCUGCCGGCAGCUGCAGGAGCUGCUGAUGGGCUACUGCGAUGGAAUCCCGGCUGCGGCGUGGCAGCAGCUCGAGGGCGCCCAGUGGCCGAAGCUCACGAAGGUGGACUUCAACGGGUGCUUCGGCGAAAAAUCCAAGGGCGCCGAGGGCGCAGCCGGGCUCCUCACGGCCCUGGCCCGCUGCCCUGAGCUGAAGGAUCUGAGCAUGGUACACUGCAGCCAGAUUCCAGCGGCGGCGUGGCAGCAGCUCGAGGGCGCCCGGUGGUCGAAGCUGACGACGGUGAACUUCGACGGGCGCCUCGGCUUUUUGGCGCCUUUUGGAGUGUUCGUGGAUGCUCUCGAGAUGGUUGUGCUGGGGUGCGAGGGGGAUGUGGGAGCGGUCCGAAACUUCGAGGUGGCAGCCAUCCAACCGUUUCACAAGAU